CUUUCUUCAGGUAUUGAUUUUAAAAUCCGAACCAUAGAAUUAGAUGGAAAGAAGAUUAAACUUCAGAUAUGGGACACGGCUGGCCAGGAGAGGUUCCGCACCAUCACCACAGCAUAUUAUAGAGGAGCUAUGGGUAUUAUGCUGGUGUAUGAUAUCACCAAUGAGAAAUCUUUUGACAAUAUUAAAAACUGGAUAAGGAACAUUGAAGAGCACGCUUCAUCUGAUGUGGAACGGAUGAUUCUUGGCAAUAAGUGUGACAUGAACGACAAGAGACAAGUGUCACGAGAGAGGGGAGAGAAACUCGCCAUUGAUUAUGGAAUCAAGUUCCUUGAGACCAGUGCAAAAUCUAGCAUCAAUGUGGAAGAGGCAUUUUUCACUCUUGGCCGUGACAUCAUGACAAAACUUAACAGAAAAAUGAAUGAAAGCAGCUCUCCGAGUGGAGGAGGUCCAGUAAAAAUUACAGAGAAGUCAUCAAAGAAGAGCAGUUUCUUUCGUUGCGUGUUACUUUGA